AAAUUCACACAAGAACUAGCUAGUUUGAACAAAAUUAAUGAUAUAGACAAGGAAAAAAUCAAGUGCAUUUCAAUACAUGCAACUACAAAUGCUGCUUCCGAUGGCUCAGAAACAAAGAAGCAUUCUUUAGGACAAGAUGAAGAAUUGACAUCAAUUAAGAGAAGACAAAUGGAUGUGGAGUCACCUAAUGUUGUUAUAAAGUCAGUAACUAAAAAUAGAUGCGUGUUAAAGUGGAAUUUUAAAGAAGAUCCGAGGCCUGCAAGAGUGGAAUGGAUCAUUUAUGAAAUAAGCAUAAGUGAAUCAUUUUUCAGUUUAAAAGAGCAUGCUAUAUCUAUGGCAAAUGAACAUAAACUUACCUAUUCAAACCAUCCGGGUGAAAUGCUGACAUUGAACUCCAUACUUCUCUUGGAAGAGAAUUCUAUUCGUGCAAAGUUGAACAUUCCUUCAGACAUUCGGAGAAAGGUCUUCAAACAAAUGAAGGAUAUGUACUCAAAACAUGAUCUACCAAAUGUAGUUAGUGAAUUAUGUCAUCAGUGUGCAAAAAUUGCAAGAGAAACUCGAAUGAAUUUAGAAGAUUCUAUUGAAUAUACUCCUUGUUUUCUAUUUGAACAUAUAUUUCUCAAAUUAAAUACCAAUUCUACACUCAAAUACAUCAAAUUUAAUAGUGUGGAAAAUUUGCGUACAACUUUUGAUGACCCAUUAACAAUUGAAGAUACUUAUGUACACUAUCUGAUACAUUCCAUCUUGCGACCAUUUUUCCCAGAUGAGCCAGGGAAAACAAUUAAUUGGGCUAAUAAGAUGUCACUAGCAAGUGCAUCUAGAAAAAUAGAUUCUGAUGGUGAAGGUCAUCGACCUGAUUUUAUGCUCACUAUUGAUCUUAAUGGAUAUAACAAAUUUGAAAUCUUGUUUGGUCUUUUCAAAUCACCUAGCAAAGCCAAUUCACAAUUGGUAAAUGUUGACUUGGUUGAUUUGGGAGUUCUCAUGAAAUACUUACUUGAUGAUAUCUAUGGCAAAGGAGUUGAAUUGGAAAUGGUUGUCUUUGGAAUUCACUCAUUUGGUUAUAAUAUUAGAAUUUAUGCAGUGGAUCUGUUAUAUGAUGGCAUGUACAGGAUGUUUUUAUUGGGUGAAUUUGAAUUGCCAAGGAGCAAUCUUAGUCUUUGUUUGGUAGAAGUCAUCUUAUAUGAAAUUGUAAAUUUAAAGAGAUUGAUAGAAGAAUUUAUUGAGAGGCUUUCACCUUAUGUAUCAACCAUCACUAAUAAUAAUGAGAAAAUUCCAAUAGAAAAAAUGAUGAUGAUGAGAAAAACAUUAGCAACUUCUCAAAAGAUUAAUGUAAUAAUAUAA